CUGGCGCCGGCCAUGCUCGUGCUGCAGACGCGUCCCAGCCGCCUGCUGGGCGGCGGCUUCUCCCGCGUGCUGCGCAACUCAAUCACCAUCAAGAUGGUUCUGGGCAUCGUGCUGUUCUUCGCCGGCAUGAGCAGCCUGUACGUCAACCACCGGCUAGGUCUGUCCCUGGCCGGCGUCGGCCUCGUGCUCGUCUUCGUGCCCGCCGAGUUCCUCUUCGGGCUAUGCAUAGACUUCAAAGGUCACAAGGAGAAUGCCAGGUGCUCGCGGUCGGGCAGCACAAAGUCCGACAACCGGCCCACGGAAGUGGUGGUCGAGGACGACGGUCUCUCCGCUUCCGGCGACAACGCUCCCACAUUUCCGCCGGAAGUGGUCCUGCAAGAAGCCGGAAGCGGGGACGCCGCCCGCGGCUCGUUGCAGGACGGUGGGUCGUGGUCGCCCGGCGCCGACAGCAGACGGACUUCCUCACCCCGGUGCACGUGUCCGGCCGGGAAGAACUCGCCGCCGGACGCGUCCGUGCAGCUUCACCGGACACGAAGCGACGUUCUCAGGACUGGACCCGGCUCAGCGGUGGACGUCAGGAGCGACGCCUCGCCGCCCGCGGACGACGCCAGGAAGGAGGCGACUCCGUCACCGACGUGCAAGUUCCACCGAACGCGGUCGGCCGUGAUUCGCGCCGAGGACCUGCCCAAGAACGUACCACCGCAGGUCGUUCGCUUCAACAUUGGCGCGGACGCCGACGACCCCGCCGCUACGGCUGCCAGCGGCGUUGCCGCGAGGACCCCGUCUGGCGGAAGCCGUACCAGGGCUGCGUCGGGUCAGUCGUCCGGCGCGAGGGCCACGCUCGUCAGGGGCGUGAGCUUCGAGCAGACCACGUUCCAUCGGAGCAAGUCGGCCGUCAUGCACCGAGGCAGCCUGUCGGGUGACGAGGCGACCACGUCGUCGCCGUCCUCUUCGGCCAAGUCUUCGCCGACCAGGUCCCUGAGGGGUCAGACUGCAGCCAACAGUUCGACGUACAAGGAACGCCCGCUAGCUCCUGCGGUGGCCAGGGUUCAGCAGUUACAGCAGAUACCCGCCAUGCGAAUUCAGAGCUCCAAGGGUGGUGUCGCGGCGGGAAGCGACCCUCGAGUGGCGACGAUGGCUGUGCAAUUGUACGACGCGCCUUUCGCGAGGACUGCCAUCUCGGAUCUGAGCAACGAGAAUUACACGCGGUUCCACCGCAUUCGGGCCGUGCAACAGCAGCAGCAGCAACAGCUACAGGCAGCCGCCGUCGGUGCUCCUGGAGUCACGGCUCGCCGGAAAGAGGCAGCAACGUCGCAGAACUUACUCCUCAGGACAAGGUCGAUGACUACUUCCCGAUCCUCGACAAACCUCGCCCAGCCUCAGCAGCAAGACGGCCCGAAGAUGACUGGCAAGCCUAGCAAAGACAAGAGCGGGUCCCCUAGCCGGGACGCGAAGGCAAGUUCCUCGUGAUCGAACGACGCCAGUCAAAGACUCGCGGCGGAAGCCGCGUCGCCGAAGCUCCGAAGGACGUCGUCGGGACCUUCCAGGAGACCGGCCCGGACGUCGAAGGAAGCGGCGGCGCCGGCGCCGUGGACUUCGCUGGCGGUCCAGACAGCCGCCGGCGUGAUCACGCUUCUGUGCAAGCCGCAGCAACAAGAGGCGGAAUCCGCUAGCCUGUUGCCGCUAAAGCAGGCGAAGGCGGGUGUCCGAGAGACCAGCGGGGUGGUGCCGCGCAUCGUCACAGUGAGCGUCAGCGGCGACGAGGACUCGGGCACGGACCGCGAGGACAGUGCGUCUCCGUCCGGACAACGGGACUCCUCUUCUAGUCUUGCUCAAACUUCUUCGUAGCUGGGAUUCAGUCGUAGAGGAAAUUACGAAAAGGAAAUGUUGGUGGCCAGGCCGACGUGCUACUCGUCCAUAGAGAAUCGCUAGUGUUGUCGGCGUACACGGUGCACGGUACGCGGUCUCCGUCCGGUUGCAUGCUGAUCACGAGUUGCAUGCUGAUCACCUUUGUGCACUCGUCUACGCAGGGCGCCAGAGCACACGCUCGGAGGCUCGCUACAGCCACGUCCACACUACCUGUACAUUCAAUAGUAAGCAAGCGUAACCGGGCGCUGUUCAUGAAUCGUCUUAGCGCUGAAGCGUGAAAUGACACAGACCAUCACUUGUUGUGCGCUUACUUGUGACGGUGUUCAACCAAUGUAACCUUGGGUCAACCUUCGGUGAACUCAAGGUUCGCCCUCGUGUAACCUUGGGAAGCACUCAAGAUUACACGAAGCACCUACAUGGCCAAGUGAUCAUAGUAUCCACCGACAGAGAGAAAUAUCUGUGAGAAAGGCACGGUUGUUAAUUAGGUUUAGCCAGUAGUUGGCUACCCUGCACAAGGAAUGAAAAGUGCACACCAAGCAAACACGCUCCAACGUACGUGCUGAAGCAUUCGUUACUCAGUACUUCACAUAGUGGUCACGCAGGCCGAUGGAUCUCAAGAAACGCAAUAACACCGUUGUGGAGUCGCGACAAGAUUACGAGACUAUAGGUGCGUCCGGCAGGGAAUGAUUGGAGAAAUUUAGAUUUUAUGCUGUACAGUGUCAUGCAGGUGGCGACACGUUGUCUUGAAGAGAUUAAAAAUGCUUGAACAGGGAUUGUCGCUGGAGCCAACAUUUCGACCUGUGGUCCUGUCCUCUCCAAGGUUGCUGCGUUGAAGAAGACAAGAGGGUGUGUCCAGAUAA